GGAGAACUUUAUCCCUCAGUUUUGCCAGCGCUGGAUUCCAUCUUUGAGCCAUCCCUGCAGUAUGAGAAGGUCGUUUUUACGAUUCUGCACUUCCAAGCUUAUAGUUCUAACUACCAAUGGCUGCAAGGAAGAAGCUGACAAGAAAAUAAAACUUUGUUUCCAGGAGCUAGAUCACUGGAGCUGUACGGGAUGAUCUUCCAGUCCAUUCGUACAAGAGAUCGCUCGGAAUUUCAGACAGUGGCUGCCAGAAUAUGCCACAACGGCUCAUUUCCCAGCUGGUUAAAAGGAGAUGGAGGAGCGCGAGCCCUAGAAAUCCCGAGCGGCGAUGGCACGCGACAAGGCGGCCCUGGAUUACCACAAGCUCCCUAGGCGGCGCUUGCAGCAGCUGUGCAAGAAGAAUGGAAUUCCGGCCAACAAGACCAAUCUCUUCAUGGCGGACGCGCUCGCGGCGCUCUUCAAGGCUCCAGCGAGCCGCGAGAGUGGCAAGGACAAGGAUGUGGCUCCUCCAGCCGCUGGGAGAACUGGAAGCGCUGUGGGUGAUUCUCAGUCGAGCCAGUGUACCACGGAGGAAAAUGCGAUCUCGCCGGUGAAAAGCCGCGACGAUGAGAAGCGUGACGAUGGCGAGCAUGACAAGCAUAGCUUUUGUACUGCGAGUGAUGACAAGGGUGAGUUUGACGACGCGCACAGCGUUGCCGAGGAACCGGACAAGGUGAAGACGUCGAUGGAUGCUCGAGAGAACUUGGAUCAUGGUGAUGGAAGAUGCGCAAAGCUAGAGAGAUCGCCGGAAGCAAUUGAGCUAGACGACGAAGAUCAUCCUGAGAAAGCAGUCGCGGAGGUGGAUCGACAAGAUGAGAAAGAUGUCGAGGUUCCAACGUUUGCUGCCUUGGCAGAGGCUUCUCACGAUCAAGCACAGGGUGGCAAAGCGUUAGAAAUGGGGGCGCAAGAAACUCCGUCCGCUGCUCGAGUGGAGAUUAAGACAACCGAGAAAGGUGGCGAAGUCUCGGAAGUAGUGGAGGCACGACAAACUUUGCCUGCUGUGAUUAAGGCUUCUCACGAGCAACAGGACGAGAAAGUUCCAGCUGUGGAGGUUUCUCGUGAUCAGAAUCAGAUCGCAGUUGUCACCAAAGAGAAGGUCCUCGUCGAAGCAGUGACGGCUGUCGCUAAACAGGAAGUUGUCAGUGAAACGAAGGUCCUUUCCGACGCAGCAGUGGUGGCUGUUGCCAAACAAGGAGUUGUCAUUGAAACGAAGGCCCUUCUCGACGAAGCAGUGGGUGUCGCUCGACAAGAAGCGAAAAAGAAGCACCAUGUCUACGAAUCAGUGCCCAAAUUCGCAGCUGAAGAAGCAGCACUGGGGAAAAGUGAAGAUGAUCUAUCUCCAGCAGCUACUGAUAUCAAGGAACUCUCACUUCCAACUCCAGACGCAGUAAUUACCUCCGAGCUCAGCGAGUCGAAAGGCUUCAUUGUGGAAGGCAGAGUUGAUCAAACUCUUGAGGCCUCCGAGAACCAAGCCGUAGCUAUGAUUGUCCAGGAACUCGAAGUUCAAACGGAUACUCCCGCUCCAACGCUUGAUCUUCCAGAGGAGAGCGCUGUCCAGAUGAUCGAGGAACUCACGCAAGCCACCGACGAGGAACUUGGAUCCGAGCACCUCAAAGCGAUGCUGAGAAGAGCAAUGGAGCGAUCAAAGUCGCGGAACCAGUACAAGAAGGGCCCGGUGUUCCUUCACAAGAGAUCAACCAUGGAGAAGGUGCUGGAGAGAGCCAGGAAGAAGCGAGCAGAGUGCCUGGAGCAGCGGAGAUUCGAGGUGGGUCACAAGAGCAGUGGAGACGAUCACGAUAGCCCGAGUGACGAUGAUCCAGCUCCGGAAGCUCCAAGAGGAGGAGUGAUCUCGAGCAAGGCUGCUCGCAUCCAGCAGAAGCACCGAGAGCAGUUCAAGACGCCGAUCAAAGGCAAGUCCCACCGCAAAUCCGAGGCCGAUUUCGUGAAGCUGACGAGCGCGCGGCGCCAGGAGCUACUGCGAUCAAAGCGCGGCAUGAAGAACAUCGUAGAUUCUUGAAGUUCGCGAGCUAAGAAGAUUUAGUAGACUGGAAAGGAAGAAUAUAUCGUAUUUAUGUGAAUAGA